GCUGCCCUCUUUGCCUGGAGGCUGAGCUGCCCGGGCGAACCGGAUAGGUCCUGCAGCGGCUCGCUCAGGCCGUGCGUCGUCGCCGCAGCCACCGGGAGAGGGGAAGCGACUCCCGCGGGCGUCCUUGGCAGAUCAGGGAGAAGGGAAGGGAGACACCGGCGUCUGCCGUCUCUAAUUUCUCUCGGUCCUUGUCAGUUGAUUCCUAGCCAGAAAUGCAUGGUCAUGGAGGCUAUGACUCUGAUUUUAGUGAUGACGAACACUGUGGCGAAUCUAACAAAAGGAAAAAAAGGACAGUUGAAGAUGAUUUACUGCUCAAAAAGCCAUUUCAGAAAGAAAAGCAUGGAAAAGUGGCCCAUAAACAAGUUGCCGCAGAAUUGCUCGAUAGGGAAGAAGCAAGAAAUAGAAGGUUUCAUCUCAUAGCUAUGGAUGCUUAUCAAAGGCAUACAAAGUUUGUAAAUGACUAUAUUUUAUACUAUGGUGGCAAAAAAGAAGACUUCAGGCGAUCAAGGGAAAAUGACAAGACAGACAUGGAUGUUAUACGAGAAAAUCAUAGGUUCCUAUGGAAUGAGGAGGAUGAAAUGGACAUGAAUUGGGAGAAGAAACUUGCAAAGAAAUACUAUGAUAAAUUAUUCAAGGAAUACUGCAUAGCAGAUCUCAGUAGAUACAAAGAAAAUAAGUUUGGAUUUAGGUGGCGAGUAGAAAAAGAAGUAAUUUCAGGAAAAGGCCAGUUUUUCUGUGGAAAUAAAUGUUGUGAUGAAAAAGAAGAUUUGAAGAGUUGGGAAGUUAAUUUUGGUUACGUUGAGCAUGGUGAAAAGAGAAAUGCACUUGUUAAAUUAAGAUUAUGCCAAGAAUGUUCCUUUAAAUUAAAUUUUCAUUACAGGAGGAAAGAAGUCAAGUCAAAAAAAAGAAAGGACAAAACCAAAAAAGAUCGUGAAGAGUCAUCACAUAAAAAAUCCAGAUUAUCUUCUGUAGAAGAGACUUCUCAGAAAAAAGAAAAAGGGCAUUCAUCCUCAAAGGAAUCAGAAAAUUCUGUGAACAGAAACUCUGAUGAAGAUGAAGGUACUUCAGAAUCUGAACUUUGGAAGGGUCCCGUACCAGAGACAGAUGAAAAAUCACAAGAAGAAGAAUUUGAUGACUAUUUUCAAGAUUUAUUUCUGUGAGAUGCAAGAAAGAAGCCCACGUUCCUUAAUAUGAAAGUGCAUUUUGAAACUCUUCACAACAAUGUCAUCUACAAGUUGCAGCUUGAGUGGUUUAUCUUUGGAAAUAAAAAUCCAACUACUGUCAGGAUGUCAGCUA